GAGAGGUCGCUGAGGGGCUUCCUGAGGCGAGGCGGGGAUUCCUACCAUUUUCAGAGAACCUUUUAGAAAGAACAAGCCUACUUCAAUAAAUGAAGGAGAACAAAGAAAAUUCCAGACCUUCAGUAACGUCAGCAAACCUGGACCACACCAAACCAUGUUGGUACUGGGAUAAGAAGGACUUGGCUCAUACGCCCUCACAGCUUGAAGGACUCCAUCCAGCCACAGAGACCCGGUACCGCCAAGAGGGGGCUCGGUUCAUCUUCGACGUGGGCACACGGUUGGGGCUCCACUAUGACACUCUGGCAACUGGAAUAAUUUAUUUUCAUCGCUUCUAUAUGUUUCAUUCCUUCAAGCAAUUCCCAAGAUAUGUGACAGGAGCCUGUUGUCUCUUUCUGGCUGGAAAAGUAGAAGAAACACCAAAAAAAUGCAAAGAUAUCCACAAAACAGCUCGCAGCUUAUUAAACGAUGUGCAAUUUGGCCAGUUUGGAGAUGACCCAAAGGAAGAAGUAAUGGUUCUGGAAAGAAUCUUACUGCAGACCAUUAAGUUUGAUUUACAGGUAGAGCAUCCAUACCAGUUCCUCCUCAAAUAUGCAAAACAGCUCAAAAGUGAUAAAAACAAAAUUCAAAAGCUGGUUCAAAUGGCAUGGACAUUUGUAAAUGACAGUCUGUGCACCACCUUGUCACUGCAGUGGGAACCGGAGAUCCUAGCAGUAGCAGUGAUGCAUCUUGCAGGACGUUUGUGUAAAUUUGAAAUACAAGAAUGGACCUCCAAACCCAUGUACCGGCGAUGGUGGGAGCAGUUUGUUCAAGAUGUCCCUGUUGACGUUUUGGAAGACAUCUGCCACCAAAUCCUGGACCUUUACUCGCAAGGGAAGCAGCAGAUGCCACAUCACACCCCCCAUCCGCUCCAGCAGCCCCCCUCUUUCCAGCCUACACCGCAAGUGCCACCAGGACAACCGUCACAGCCUGCGCAGGGCUCCGUGCCUGUCCCGUCCCCGCAGAAAGACUCCCAGCAGUCAGCUCCGCCGCAGCCAGCCACCCAGCAGCCCAAGAAGCCGUCCCUGCAGCCCAGCCCGCCCCGGCAGGCCACGCGCGCCGUGGUUGUUUCUCCCAAAGAAGAGAACAAAGCAGCAGAACCACCGCCACCUAAAAUCCCCAAGCUUGAGACCCCUCACCCGCCCUUGCCUCCGGCCCACCCCCCUCCAGACCGGAAGCCUCUGCUUGCCGCUGCCUUAGGCGAGGCCGAACCCCCCGGCCCAGUGGACCCCAGUGACCUCCCCAAAGUGCAGAUUCCUCCUCUGGCCCACCCGGCCCCGGUGCACCAGCCGCCGCCGCUGUCACACCGGCCCCCGCCCCCACCCCCGUCCAGCUACAUGACUGGCAUGUCCACUACCAGCUCCUACAUGUCUGGGGAGGGCUACCAGAGCCUGCAGUCCACGAUGAAAACGGAGGGCCCCUCCUACGGUGCCCUGCCCCCGGCCUACGGCCCACCCACCCACCUGCCCUACCAUCCCCAUGUCUACCUUCCCAACCCUCCCCCGCCACCUGUGCCCCCUCCCCCUGCUUCCUUCCCCCCACCCACCAUUCCCCCUCCUACUCCAGGCUACCCACCUCCACCUACCUACAACCCCAACUUCCCACCUCCGCCCCCACGCCUGCCCCCCACCCAUGCAGUCCCACCCCACCCUCCUCCAGGCCUGGGUCUGCCACCAGCUAGCUACCCACCCCCUGCUGUCCCCCCUGGAGGACAGCCACCUGUACCCCCACCCAUCCCCCCUCCCGGCAUGCCGCCCGUGGGGGGGGGGCUGGGGCGCGCAGCCUGGAUGAGAUAACCUGACACCUUUUUCCCCUUGUUUUUUACCUUUUUUUUUUUUUUUCUAAUCAACUUGGAGUAGUUUCAGUGGGUAAGCAGCAGGGUCCCUUGGAUAAUGCUAGGCAGUUGCCGUGUGGGAGGCAGGGUGAGAUUGGGGUCCUUCCUCACACCUGGAGGGCACCCGAGCCCUGCACCGGGUUACUUUCUAUUAUGAGAUGUUAGCCAGCCACAUUGGCUCCAUAAAGAGCUUCAGUAAGGAGUGAAUUCCUUCUAGAAAUCAGUGCCUAUCUUUCCUGGAAACCCAUGUUCAGUCGUCCACCUCCAUCCAAAGCUGAGCUGUUGUCCUCUUGUUCAGUGACGUUCGCCCGUGACGCCCGUAGGUGAACCACUCUUGGCGCUGUCGGUGUCCGCAUCCUUUGUCGCCUCACGGGGUGGCUCGUUUCUUUUUCCUCCAGGGAGUUGGGGAGCGGUGUACUUGGAAAGUAAUGUAUGUUUACAUCUAUUUGCAAAUUCCUGUACAUAAAGAUAUAUUUUUUAAG